AUGCAAACUCAACUCUGGUUGAUAAAGUUCGUCUUGUUAGCAUCGUGUCUUAUUCAUCCUCGACUUUGCUCUCCUUCCUCUUGCAAUUUCCCGGCAAUCUUCAACUUCGGCGACUCUAAUUCCGACACCGGUGGCCUCUCCGCCGCUUUCGGGCAAGCCCCUUACCCUAAUGGCCAAACCUUCUUCCACUCCCCUUCCGGUCGUUUCUCAGACGGUCGCCUCAUCGUCGACUUCAUAGCGGAGGAAUUAGGGUUACCAUACCUAAAUGCCUUCUUAGAUUCAAUCGGUUCAAACUUCAGCCAUGGUGCGAAUUUCGCCACCGCUGGUUCCACCAUCAGGCCACCAAACACCACCAUUUCCCAGAGCGGUGCGAGCCCAAUCUCACUCGACGUUCAAUUGGUUCAGUUCUCCGAUUUCCUCACACGAUCACAACUCAUUCGCAAUCAAGGUGGAGUGUUUGAGCAAUUACUUCCGAGAAAAGAGUAUUUCUCUCAAGCAUUGUACACAUUCGACAUCGGUCAAAACGAUCUCACCACUGGAUUGAAACUCAACCUGACAACAGAUCAAAUCAAAGCUUACAUUCCAGAUGUCCUCGAUCAAUUCUCCAAUGCCAUUCGUACGGUGUAUAAGAAAGGAGGAAGAAGAUUUUGGAUACACAACACAGCUCCGAUCGGUUGCUUACCAUAUGUUCUAGACCGGUUUCCAGUACCGGCUUCUCAAAUCGACAAUCACGGUUGUGCGAUUCCUCGUAACGAGAUUGCUCGGUAUUUCAACUCUGAGCUCAAAAGGAGAGUGAUCGGGUUAAGAAAAGAGCUCUCUGAAGCUGCAAUUACUUAUGUUGAUAUCUACUCUAUCAAGCUUACUCUCAUCACUCAAGCCAAAAACCUCGGUUUUAAGUAUCCGCUGGUUGCUUGUUGUGGACAUGGUGGGAAGUAUAAUUUCAACAAGCUUAUCAAAUGUGGAGCUGAAGUAAUGGUGAAAGGGAAAAAGAUUGUGCUUGCCAAGUCUUGUAACGACGUGUCGUCUAGAGUUAGCUGGGACGGCAUCCAUUUCACUGAAACGGCAAACCGUUGGAUCUUUCAGCAGGUAAACGGCGGGACGUUUUCUGAUCCUCCUCUUAAACUUGCUUGUACCAGAUAG